CUUUAUAAGUGAGCGCUGACCGUUUUACCCUUAAGUCUGUUUUUUUCCUUUGGCGAGCGCGGUUCAACUUCACGCUGGGGCCAUGGCUCUACACACGCUGUCGCUCACAUACGACGCUGCUCAGUCCUGGCUUCCCCCCCAAGACGUGCGCUCCGAAGGCUGGCCACUCACCGGAAGCCCGCUGCCGGUCGCCUUCAUCACGGCUUUCUAUGUCUACUUCGUCAAGGUGUUGGGCCCACGCUUGAUGUCACACCGCAAGCCCUUCGAGCUGAAGUACUGCAUCCUCGCCUACAACCUGCUAACCACGCUCUGCAGUGCCUUCUUCGUCGUGCGCUUUGCCAAGCUCGCGUACUGGGACCUGGGCUACACCUUUCUGCAGGAACUGGACCUGGGCGUCACCCCUGCCAACCUCGAGAUCGUGAGCCUCUCCUGGUGGCUGUACAUGUUCAAGCUGGGCGAACUGGCCGACACCGUGUUCUUCGUGCUCCGCAAGAAGAACGACCAGGUCAGCAAUCUGCACGUCGUUCACCACUUGCUCGUCUCGUGGAACAUGUGGCUGGCGGUGACGUACGGUGCGCAGUACCACAGCAUGUUCGUCAUUUGCCUCAACUCGUUCGUGCACGUCUUCAUGUACGCCUACUACUUCCUGGCCGCGCUCGGUCCGUCCUUCCGUCGCUUUCUGUGGUGGAAGAGGUACUUGACCCUCAUGCAGAUCGUGCAGUUCGUCCUCCUCUUCGCGCACGCCAUCGGCACCGUGCUCGCCACCGGCAACUACGUGCGUCUCUUCACCUGGCUCGAAAUGGCGGAGGCCGUGCUGUUCUUCGCGUGGUUCGUCUCCUUCUACGCCAACGCGUACGCCAAGACCAAGAAGCCGUGAGCCCCAUCAGCGGACUCCAGCCAACUGGAAUGCAUUGCGCGUUCGUUGGCACUGCUGCGAUGUCCGGGCAUGUCUUAAGUGGAAUGACAAGAGACUGUAAGCUUGCGGUUCCUUUCUUUGCGGAACGAACCUUAUAGCUUUGCCGCGGUACUUGCAGCUUUUUUACUUUCCUUUUUUCAACGAGCCAAGAACAUUCUGCGUACGUCGCUAUUACGUAGCUUUGUUUCAGUGCUCACUUUUACGGGGUUCUCACUUUUACGCCCAUUUUCUUCUCCACUUGUACGCGCCGCUGUGUAAUGUCAUUAUUUCUCCGGCCAGUGUGACCCGUCUUGCCCGCGGUCUUCGACUUCCUCGAAAACCAUGUUUUCUUUUUCAUCCUUUAGAAGGCGCAGCAAACGGCAUUCAUACUCGCUUUUAAAGUGUCAACAUUCAUGCACCUGUUCUGCUGUAGGACGAAAGACCAGGCUUUCAUAUUCUUUGGUGCGGACACACUUGGCAAUGCUCCUCAGAAAAUUGAUUCGACGAUAUAUCGCAGGCGAAGUGUAGUGCUUAUCGCGAUACGUUACGCCCCUUUGUCAAGAAAAAAAAAUUAACGCAUCGCAAGAACGUAAUUUUCAAGUGUAGAAUGCUGUAAUUUCUUAGCCAUUUCACGUUGUUGUCUCAAAGAUAUCAUUGAAAUGGUAAUAGUGUCCUGUUAACUUGCGGCUUUAUCCUGGGUUUCUUUGCGGUCCUGGCGCAAAAAAAAAAGGGUUCCUGAAAAGCUUGCGCCGCCCUUCUCAGUGAGAACUAUUGCGUUUUCGUUCAGGACGAGUCUCUGCAGAAGAGGAGACGCGGAUAACGCAGCACUAUGUUUAAGACAGAGUAAUACCUAAUUUGGGCCUCAAUAUCUGCUGAAGCCUAGGGGGAUA